UGCCAUGAUCUAAGAGGGUGUGUAUUGAGUCGUUCCAAGUUAUCACGAUAAUUUUACCCGUGGAAUGGAUUUCUCUUCCUGCUCACGGUAAUUAAAAGUUUGUAUAGGUGACCACAGAGGAGGAUCUUGUCAGGUUUCUUCUGUGUCUCUGCUAGUUUGUGAUGAGUGGCAGCUCCUCUGCUACUCUCACAUCAUUACCUCUUCAAAAUGCUAGUGGCAAUGAAGACACUGAAUCAAGAGGUGGUGAGAUGGAGGUUGAUAGUUUGUUGCCAGGCAGCAACUUGGUGAUAUCCUCAGUGUCAAAACCAUCCAACCUAAUCAUGAACGCCACGGCAACUUCCCCUUCAUUGUCUUCUCCCUUUCCUUCAAGUUCUGUGAAGCCAAACUCUCCUGAUGCUGUGUCAUCCUCGCCUGGCUUUACUAACCCAAUAUCCGAUCCACCUGCAAGGCGACCUCCACCACCAUCGUUUUGUGCUCACCAGCCCGCGGCAAAAAGGGCUCGCUACGAUGGUUGUUUACUUGGUAACAAGCCUGCUAGUUCUGCUGAGGUGUGUCAAGCCCUCAUUCGUUGGAAGCGCGGUAAAAUGGAGGCCGUUAGAGACUCCUAUAAUGGUCAUAUUACAGAGUAUUUUUUUAUGGAUCACGACGGAAAUCUCAUGGAUAUUAACAAUUGGUUGAAACGUCCUACUCCUGAACUUCUGGCUUAUCACAAAGAACACAGGCUAGAAGGUGACACUACAAACCUCAAUACCAGGGUCAAAGACUCCUUGUUCAAAUUAUCUGCAAGCAGCUUAACUAAAAAGGAUGAUCAGCAAGAUCAGAUGGUUGAAAAAGCUCGUCAUGAAGCUAAUGUUGUUGCUCGUAUUGCCCAACUCCGGAAAGAGGGUUUGUGGACUGAAAAACGACUACCUAAAGUACAUGAACCUGCAAGACCAAAAUGCCAUUGGGAUUAUUUGCUUGAGGAGAUGGUGUGGCUCAGUGCUGACUUUGCUCAAGAACGAAAAUGGAAGAAAGCUGCUGCCAAAAAGUGUGCAAAGAUGGUAACUAAAUACUUUCAAGAUAAGGAGCUGGCAGCAGAGCGUGCUCAGAAAGAAGAGGAAAUGCGGUUAAGAAAAAUUGCUGCCUUCAUGGCUCGUGAAGUUAGAACAUUCUGGAGCAAUGUGGAAAAACUUGUCCAUUACAAGAUCACCAGCAAGCAUGACGAAAAAAAGAAGAUAGCUUUGGACCAGCAACUAUCAUUCAUUGUAGAUCAAACUGAAAAAUAUUCUGGGAUGUUAGCAGAAAGUAUGAAGAGGCCUACAGAUUCUUCUGCUUUGUCCACUCGCUCUGAGACUCCUUCUGUUGGUAGCUUAUCAGAUGACGAGUUUGAACCUGUGAGUAAUUCUGAUGACGACGAGGCUACGAUCGCCCAGGAAGAUGAUGACCCAAGCCAGCAAGCUGCUGAAGUGCAGUUGCUGCAGCAGGAGAGUGGACAGACCAUCGAUGACUUGCUGACGAGCCUUCCACCUGAAUAUCUCGCCUCUCUCAGAGCACAGGCUGGCCAACAGUCUGAGGAUGAGCAGAAUGCCGACCAAGAGGACUGUCCGAAGGCUUCCUGUUCUUCAGAGCCUGAUGACGCUGCAGUUUCUUCAAGCACAGCUCCUGAUCACUCAUUCACAAGAUCAGGCAGGAAAAGAAAGCACAGUGCAUCUACUAUUGUCUCGGAAGAAAAUCAGGAAAAUACAGCGGAUGUGGCUCCCAAGGCUGCUGAUGGAGAAACAGCCACUAAAGUUGAUGCAGCAAUAAAACCUGACGAGGUUGCGGAAGAUCAGGCGAUGGACGUGGAUGACCAGGAAUAUGUUGCCAAAGAUGAAGAGGAUGACGAGGAAACACUGGCUGAGCAGGAACAACACGAGGGGCAGACUGACUAUAAUAUGGAAAUAGCAGAAUUACAGGCAGACAAUGAUCUUUCAUUGGAAGAUCUGCGCCGCAAAUAUGCAGGUUCUCCUUCCAUUACCCUGCCUUCAGCACCUCCUUCAGACGAUGAAGAUGAUGAAGAAGAAGAGGACGACGCUUCCACGGAAGCUGGUGCUUCCCGACCCUGCUCUGGUGAUCCUGCAACUGCUAGUGAUGUCGAUGAUGAAGGUGAUAGUGAUGAUGAAGGCCUCACCGGGUCUGAGGAUGGUGAAUCUGAUGACGAUGAAGGCGUUGGGCUCAAGAGUCUGCUUGAGGAAACCUCGUUGCCCAGCGACAGCAAAGCAGCUGAGGACGCAGCGGACGUGGAGCUGGAGCAGGCAACGGCUGUGGCUGAAGCCUUGCAGCCAAAAGGCUUCACGCUCAGCAGCACGGCGGUCACGACGCCCGUACCGUUCCUGCUACAGCACUCGCUCAGAGAGUACCAGCAUGUCGGAUUGGACUGGCUUGUCACCAUGUAUGAUAAAAAUCUCAAUGGCAUUCUUGCGGACGAGAUGGGUUUGGGUAAAACAAUCCAAACGAUUUCGCUGCUCGCUCAUCUGGCGUGCGAGACCAGCAACUGGGGCCCUCACCUAAUCGUCGUGCCCACCUCAGUCAUGCUCAACUGGGAGAUGGAGCUCAAGAAGUGGUGUCCUGCCUUCAAAAUACUCACCUACUUCGGCACUCAGAAGGAGAGAAAGAUGAAGAGAACUGGUUGGACCAAACCUAAUGCAUUCCAUGUGUGUAUUACAUCGUAUAAAUUAGUUAUUCAGGAUCACCAAAGUUUUAGAAGGAAGAAGUGGAAAUAUUUCAUCCUAGAUGAAGCACAAAAUAUUAAGAAUUUUAAGUCUAAGCGCUGGCAGCUGCUGCUCAACUUUCAAAGUGACAGGCGUCUGCUGCUGACCGGGACACCCCUGCAAAACAACCUGAUGGAGCUGUGGUCGCUGAUGCACUUCCUGAUGCCGCAUGUGUUUGCCAGCCACAGGGAGUUCAGGGAAUGGUUCAGUAACCCCGUGUCAGGCAUGAUACAAGGCAACAGCGAGUACAAUGAUAACAUCAUCAAACGCCUCCACAAGGUGUUGCGACCCUUUAUUCUGCGGCGACUGAAGAGCGAAGUUGAGCAACAGAUGCCUAAGAAAUACGAGCACGUCGUCAUGUGUCGCCUCAGCAAACGCCAGCGCUUCCUUUAUGAAGAGUUCAUGUCGCGUACCAAGACGAAAGAAACUCUUGCCACUGGAAAUUUCCUGAGUGUUAUCAACGUGCUGAUGCAGCUGCGUAAAGUCUGUAACCACCCCAACUUGUUUGAAGAGCGACCCACCGUCUCGCCCUUCAUGAUGGAGCCUCUAUCUAUCUCAGCGCCGUCCUGUUGCUGGAGCAUUGCUGCCUACGAUCCUUUUAAACACGUGGACCUGUUCAGCCUGAACCUGCUUCUUUGUGCGCUCGAGUUGACACUGACUGCGUUCGCCGCACACCGUGUGCGGCGCUUCCAAUGUCCUCAGCGUGUCAUAGUGGACAUCGACAGCGCGCCCCUGCCCCCGCCCAGAUGUCCUCCCGGCAAAAUCAGACUGCACGUACGACAGUCCAACAAACCUAGCAGCAUCAGUCAAGUCCCCUCGAGCAGCACCCACCCUCUACCGACCGCUGCUGCUGGAGCUAUGAAUCGGCCACGACCUGCACCGUCAUCCACACCGGGCAUCGCGCCUGCAGCUGCCACCGUGACUAACAUCAGCACGGCUUCCAACGUGCGGUACCAGCUCAUCCAGCACCAGGGCGCACUUAAAGCAAUCCCGAUUGCCGUGAACUCGGGUGCGGUUCGUGCCGGUGUUCCUGUCAAUCGAGUGUCAGGGUCUGGGGCCAAACCCGUCGCAGGGAGCGGACAGCAGCUGCAGGGACUGCAACUCAUGCACACCGCGUCUGGCCAGCUGCUGCUCACCACCGCCACACGACCACAGCAAACCGGCACUGCACCUGCUGCUGCACCUACCUCACUGCAGGGUGUGAGCACGAGCGGAGCGACUGCUCUACUUCAGAAGAUCCAGUCCAUCCAGGGUUUGAAGAGCCUGCAGGGCUCCGUGCUCACGCUGGGUCCUGGAGGACGACCUGUGUUGCGGUUACCGCCCUCUGCCGCCGCCCUCAAGCCCACGACCGCCGCUCCUCUCACUCAGACCGCUACUGGAGGGGUACAAGUGCGUUCUACUCCUCAGAGCACCCCUCAGAGCACGCCUCAGAGUACACCCCUUCCUACUCCCAUGCCCUCUCCCACCGGCAAUGGCAGCCCGGCCGGGCCGGCGUCGGAGUCGCGGUCGCCAGCUCGUGGGUUUCGCGGCGCCGGCGUCUCGCCAGCGAAAAAUUCCAAGCAGGACGAGCGAAAGCGCAGUAUAUUUUACCUGAGCGACUUGGAAGAGGCACGUGCAGAAGCUCGUCGAGCCAAGCUGCUCACACUCGCACGCCUGAACACGCGUCGCUGCCGCGCGUGUCCCAUCUAUGGUGAGGACCUGAUCGAGGCGGUGACGGUGCCACAGCCGCUCAACGGCCUACUCUGGUCAACACAAUCUGCCAUGCAACCGCUGGCGUACACUAACGAACAGCGACUUGAUCAUAUGAAGGGUAUACUGGACCGGUUCGUGUUGUGCGUUCCCGCGGUGGUGAGCAGCGCCCCGCAGCUCCUGCUUCAUCACCCCGACCCUUCAGAGGUGAUACGGGAGCGCCACACGCAGCAGCAGGUCAUGAAGCUCCUCAGUCCUGAAGCCGUGCGGCAUCAUUCCAUCAUCAACAGUCAGCUCACGCAGUUCCCUGAUCCUCGGCUCAUUCAAUAUGAUUGUGGCAAACUGCAAACUCUUGAUCGUCUUCUGCGCACCUUGAAGACCGAUGGUCAUCGCGUUCUGAUCUUCACGCAAAUGACUCGCAUGCUGGACGUCUUUGAAUCCUUCCUGAAUUACCACGGUCAUAUUUACCUCCGGCUCGACGGCACUACCAAAGUCCAGGACAGACAGGUGUUGAUGGAACGUUUCAAUCAAGAUAAGAGAAUAUUCUGCUUCAUCCUCUCGACGCGGUCUGGAGGCAUCGGCGUCAACCUCACGGGUGCAGACACUGUCAUAUUCUACGACUCUGACUGGAACCCGACUAUGGACGCUCAGGCCCAGGAUCGUUGCCAUCGCAUUGGCCAGACCCGUGAUGUCCACAUCUAUCGCCUAAUUUCUGAGAAGACAAUAGAAGAAAACAUUCUCAAAAAAGCCAACCAGAAGCGUAUGCUUGGCAACCUUGCAAUCGAAGGCGGCAACUUCACAACUGCCUUCUUCAAAGAGCAAACUAUUCAAGAGUUGUUCAGUGUGUCAACCGACGCUGACGCGACACAUCGCAUGGCUGAGCUGCUUGACAAGCCUGCUGGAUCUGCUGGUGCGGACGCCUCACCUGACUCCGUUGUUCCCAUCAAACCAGGUGCCUUGGAGAACGCACUGGCGGCGGCAGAGGACGAGACUGACGUGGUGGCUGCACGCUACGCUAUGGCUGAGGCAGCGGCCGAUCUCGCCGAGUUCGACGAAAACAUUCCCCUCAAUGAGGACAGUAACCCCAGUACCUCGGGCGCUCCUGGUGCUGAGGAACCCAGUAAAGUCCAGCUGGAAAUCAAUAAACUCAUGUCCCAGUUGACUGGCGUGGAGAGGUAUGCCAUGAACGUGCUGGAGUGCGCAGACGAAGGCAUCGCUUUGGAGCAGCACCGCCUCGACCAGCAGCUGGAACAGCAGAAGAAGGAGUGGGAGCUGGACAGGCAACGUGCACUCAAGACCACAGAUCCGCUUCAGGGGCACGGCGAGAAGCGGGCUCGAGACGUGCUAGACGAUGACGACGAUGAUGGUCCUCUCACUGUUGGUGCUGACCAGCUGUGGCUUCCCGUGGUUGACAUGAAGGGACUGGACGUGUGGCUUCCUCCUACGCCACCUAGGGGGACUGGGGACCGUUUCGUGGACCUGAGUCCCCCAGGCUACGUGAAGGAUCUCAUGACGGAGAGCGCCCUCCCUCCUGUCACGUUCAGGGCGCCGAGGCACAAGCGCAUGAGGAUCGCUCCAGCAGGCAACGAAAGUGACCGGUCACGUCACUUGGAGGAGUCGUUCGUCGCGCCGCGAUCUCUGUUCGACCGCGCGGGCGUCGUGAGCAGCAACACGAUACGCUUCAAGCGCGAGUUCACCCUGGCCAAGUUCCGCAACACUCCGCGAGGCGCGGCGGUCUACAGAUCUGCAGGAGGAGCUUGUGCACUAGGCAGCGGCGCCCUCAAGUCUUCAGACGACGCUUGGCUGGAGUGGAGUCAGCAGGAGGACGCCACAAUCUUGCUCUUCAUUUCAAUGUGCGGGCUGGACUCUCCGAACCCUGGCCACACCGUCAACUGGGACUUACUAGCUGAUCAAGUGAACCGUGUCUCGCGGUCCUACCGCAGCCCUCGGGCGUGUCGGGCUCGGCAUGACUUUUUCCUGACGAAGGUGCCUACCCUCGCUCAGAAGGACGGCGCAGCUCCCGCUGUCUCCACCACCGACAAUGUCAGACUAGUAGCUCUUGCUUCGGCGGGUAUGGCUAAUCGCGGCCAUCCUAAAACAACCAAGAGCCGUGGUGCCGGCAGCGGAGGUGGUAGUCUCGCAGACAACACUGACUUCGCAACGGAAUCAGCUCGUCGCUUCGAGGCAGCGAAACAAGCCAAGCUACAACAUGCAUCUAAAGCCAAAUCCCUUGCCGCCGUUGGCGCUGGCCUACGCACUACUAAAAGCUCGCCUGCCAUAUCUCCGACAGGCGUCGUCUGGGAAGUUCCACUUACUCCUGAGCAGGUAGCAGCCACGCGCCCAGAAAGGAUAAAAGAAAAAGAGAAACAGAAACUUUUGGAACAGUCAAGAUUGCAACAACAGCAACAACUACAGCAGCAACUCCAGCAGCAACUUCAGCAGCAAGUCAUCCAACAACCGACCGUUCAAGUGACUGGAGGUGCUGUGGUGCAGCAAUCACAGCCUCAGCAAGUCGUUUCUCAGCCCCUUCAGCAACAAUCUGUUACGCAACAGCAACAUCUGGGAACUGCAACACUUCACCACCAUCACCAACAACAAAUAAUUGGAAAUGUUGUGAGCAGAAAUGCUGUCGUAGUUUCUUCAGCUGGCACCAACACUGUGAGUGGACUGCUAACCACCGCUGCUACUAUUACUGGAACUGUUCCACUUUCUGGAACCGUGGUGACUCCGGCAAUUGGAGCGACCAGCGCGACCAGUACUGUUGUACCUCCGGCGUCUACUAACCUGGGUACUCCUCAGGUAGUAACGGUUGCAUCGCUGGCAUCAGGUCUCAUUGCAACGGCAAACAUUGCAACCAGCAGCAAUACUUCAACAGCUGGCAUCUUACUUCCGUCCAGCAGCGCGAACGUGCGCUCUAUAGCCGCGUCUGUUCCAUUAGCCGUAUCGUCCAUCGGAACUACCGCCCGCAGUGCUAAGCUCACCGCCGCGUUACAGGAACUCAGACCGCAAGGGACACAAGGUGCCACAGUUGUGAGCAUGGCGUCGUUGGCGCAGAUACAAGCUGCUGCCAAGUUUUCCCAGCCAAUCCAGGUGACGGGCAUACAAACCAAAGCAGGAGUCUCCGGACCGCGCACUAUCACACCAAGCCAGCUAACCUAUAUUCAUCCUCAGCAGGCGAUCAAACGCCUACAAAUCGGAACGGGCACCACCUCUGGCCAGAAGCUUCCCGUUGCGGUAUCAGGGUCCAAUCUUCAGGGUAUCACCGCCAUUCAAGUGUCACAGGCUAGUCGAAGUCAAAUUAUCAAACACGGUGGCGCUGCAGUCGUGUCGGUGACAACUUCCGCCGCUGCUCUUCAUCCCCAGCAGACAAAGACUAUCACCAGGACAGUCUCUGAAGCAGAGAUGAACGCAAUUAUCCGCAGGCAACAACAACAACAGCAGCAUGCAAAGACUAGCUCACUCACACAGGUUGGGAGUAUCGCACUGAGCAGUGCCAAUGCCAGCAUCCUAGCAUCAGGCGGCAGCAUCAUCAGUACGGGGAGCAGCAACGCCACCAUCCUGAAGGCUGCCGGUACUGCCUCUGGGGGCGCCCAAACAACCUCUACCGGCAUUGCACUGAAUGCAAAACAGCAGUUGCAGCAGCGCGUAACUGCCGCGACGACUGUGAUGAAAGGCGCCACGGUAGGUCUUCAGUUGGGCACCAAGUGCACGCCAGGUUCUGGCGGCCUCGGCACUCUUCAGAUCAUACAAGGGACGCCCGGACAGAAGGGCGGCGCCAUGCAGCAGAUUCAGGUCUUCAAGCAAGUCACUCCACAGACCGUUCAUCAUCUUGCUUCUGUAUCUUCCCACGGUGGGACUGUUCUCACUACCGCCAAGAAUAUAGGCAGCAGCAGCAACCUGCAAGGCACAACUAAAGUUUUGCCAGCAAGUGUUGCACAUCAAGGAAUUCGACAAACUAUUCAGGUUGUAUCGGCUGGUGGAUCGCUGGUCAGCAGUGCAGGAGCCAUCAGAGUUUCGGGCGCAGGCACAGGGUCGCCCACGCUCACGUUGCCGGCGUCCGCGGUGCGCAUGGCCACUCCGCAACUGCUUUCGCAGGUGUCAGCAGCCCUCCAGCAAGGCCAAACGGUAACUGUGCCUGGGCGUGGCGCCUCCUCCGCACCAACCAGCGUACGGAUCUCUCAGCCAAUAACAGUGCAGCCUCAGCAGCUUUCUCUUCAAACUUUACCACAGCAACAACAAACUACACAGAAUCCACCUCAGCAGCAGACGCCACAGUCGUCUUCUCAGCCUUAAAAGCGUACGCGACUCGAAAACUCUUUCUCUUAGACUGUGGGAGAAGAUGAAUAUGUGAUUGAAGAAGGGGGGAUUUACUGCCCUCGUCUCCAACUCAGCAGUUGUCAUCUUGGCAGAUUCCCGAAAUAUAAUCAUGUCAUUAAGGAAAUGAAAAUUUACUGCCCUAGACUCCAACUCAAUCGUUGUUUUCUGAGCAGAUCAGCUAUAAAUGCGGGCUCUGUCUGAAGGCACUAAACGUUUCACCUGUUAUUUGCCCUGUUCGAGAUACCAUUAGCACAGAAGCUCAACUGUGCGUACUGGUUUAGACACUCACAGUAUCUCAAAUGAAUUGUGUACGAGUUAUGUUUGCUAAUGCAAAGAUGCUGGGCAUUUCACUCACUUGACUGUUGUCAUAUGUCCUUAAGGAAUCAAUUAAAUUAUUGAGAUCAUAAGUCUCGCGGAAUAGGUCGGCGACUACGGAUCCAUGUACUAUGCAUUUAUGGUGAAAGUCUAUUUGAUGACGCUGUAUAUUUAUUAUUGACAUUUUUAUAGGAUUAAAAAAAAACUUGAAAUAAAUUUUGUAUUUAGUUGCAAUUUCACUUGAUAAUGCCGCUCACAUUUGAAUUAUAUUUCGAGAUUAACAUUUCUUAGUUUUCUUGGCUAGAGCUGUAAAAUACAGUUCAUCACUGGUGGAUAGGUAGGACCGUAGAUACUUCUCGUAAAUAUUAUUUUUUAAGGCAUUCGCGGACAUGAAAUCUGAACUGGGUGCUGUAGGGAGAUGCCGCUAAAAGUAGCGUUCUCUGUGGACGUACCCGCACUCCCGCGCUCUCUAAGUGUGUAUGCAUCCCCUGAAGCUUUUCAGCCAAAUAAAUAGUCAUUACCGA